CCCUCACCCAUCCUCAGCAGUGGUCCACCGACCGCGCAGCUAGGCUAUAUCAUUUCCGUUUGUGUUUAUCAGCGUUUUAUCCCCAAUGCGUUAGAAAAUCACCUGAAUGACCCUGGCAUCACCCGAAAACGAGACACAAGUACUGCGGAUGAUUGUUGGACCUGUUCAUGAUAGAGGAGAUAAGCUCUUGUGAUGAGAGUUGCGUGCAAGUGUGGAGAUCCUACUACCGGAAAAAGGAAUAGUCACUAGUGCCAAUUAUCCCCCCUCUCCCCCAAUAAGUGAAAUCAAUGUUAUUUUUAUCACAAGUCAGAAAAUAAUUGCCAAGAAAUCGUGAUCGAGCAACAGGUCUGGUGGAACACGACGUAGCCAGUGCCGACGGGUGAAGAUAUCGUCAAUAGGACCAAAAUAUCAUGCAGAAAGCACACUGAAUUCAAUUUCAUUUGAAUAAUAGAUAGAAUUUCGAUGAGUGAACAACAUCAAGGGGUUUAUCAUUUUAUGCUGAGGAUAUCCAUUCAAUUUUAAAUAGUGAAAGUUGUGCGCAUCGCAUUCACUCAGGGGAGUAUUGUCUUGCUUGUUGAUUGAAAAAACAAACACUGAGUGAAAACCGUGGAAUCAUGAAGAUUAAAUUGUUAGUUCUGAUGGGAGUUGUCAGCAUUGGCUGGGGUAAUCCCGAUGCGAAGAGACUUUAUGAUGAUCUUCUAUCAAAUUAUAAUAGGCUCAUUAGACCUGUCUCAAACAAUACUGAUAUUGUUGUGGUCAAAUUGGGGUUGAGGCUCUCACAACUCAUUGAUCUGAAUUUGAAGGACCAAAUUCUUACGACUAACGUCUGGCUUGAUCAUGAAUGGGAGGACCACAAGUUCCGCUGGGAUCCCUCAGAAUACGGCGGAGUCACUGAACUCUACGUCCCAAGCGAGCACAUAUGGCUCCCUGACAUUGUCCUCUAUAACAAUGCGGACGGUGAAUAUGGAAUAACGACGAUGACAAAAGCCGUUCUGCAUCAUACUGGACGAGUGUUGUGGACACCACCAGCAAUCUUCAAGUCGUCUUGCGAAAUUGAUGUCCGCUACUUUCCAUUUGACCAGCAGACAUGCUUCAUGAAGUUCGGCUCAUGGACCUACGACGGCUUCCAGAUCGACUUGAAGCACAUCAAUCAAAAAGGUGGCAACAAAGUGGAUGUUGGAAUAGAUCUGGCAGAAUAUUAUCCGAGUGUCGAGUGGGAUAUCCUAGGCGUUCCAGCUGAACGACACGAGAAGUUCUAUCCCUGUUGUUUGCAACCCUACCCCGACAUCUUCUUCAACAUCUCUCUCCGUCGGAAAACUCUCUUCUACACAGUCAAUCUCAUAAUCCCCUGUGUUAGUAUCUCGUGGCUAUCGAUUCUGGCUUUCUACCUUCCAGCCGAUUCCGGGGAGAAAAUCGCCCUCUGCAUCAACAUUCUUCUCUCCCAAACAAUGUUCUUCCUUCUCAUUUCCGAGAUUAUACCUUCAACAUCGUUGGCACUGCCUCUUCUCGGCAAAUACCUUCUGUUUACCAUGGUGCUAGUGGGAUUAUCUGUUGUUGUUACUAUUAUAAUAUUAAACGUUCAUUACCGAAAGCCGAGUACUCACAAAAUGGCCCCAUGGAUCAGAAAGAUAUUCAUACGAAGAUUACCCAAGUUGUUGCUGAUGAGGGUGCCUGAUGAUUUGCUCAAUGAUCUUGCCGCUCAUAAAAUAUAUGGAAGGGGUAAACCAGGGAAGAAAACGAAAUUUGAAGAUGCUAUAUCAGCGGCCAUGAGAUCACCCUCGGUCAUGAGCUCACCAGAGUCUGUCCGGCAUCGACCAGGAUGCAAUGGACUACAUCAGACCUCAGCAACUAACCGAUUUCUAGGGAGUCUUGAGCAGGGGAUGGGUGGAUACAAUGGGCUUCCUACGGUUAUGUCGGGACUUGACGAAUCUAUGAGCGACGUCGCUCCAAAGAAGAAAUAUCCUUUCGAGUUGGAGAAGGCGUUACAUAAUGUCAUGUUCAUACAACAUCACAUCCAGCGACAGGAUGAAUUCAAUGCGGAGGAUCAAGAUUGGGGCUUUGUUGCAAUGGUUUUAGAUCGUCUAUUUCUCUGGAUUUUCGCGAUAGCAUCAAUAGCCGGUACAUUUGCCAUUCUUUGUGAUGCACCAGCUCUGUACGAUACUACGAAACCCAUCGACACAAAAUUCUCGUCGGUGUUGCAGCAGCAAUUUCUCCCCCAUAAUCCAAACUUAUUUAAAAAUGUAGUACCGGACGCCGUAGUCUAGUGCUAAAAGUUAACGAUAAAUCCGAAUAAUGACGCAAUCUCUGCAGUAUUACUCGUUGAACUGCGUCUGAGAAAUUUUUUGACUUUAUAUAAAUCACCAGUCGUUACUUAGGUCUUAAGAGAUGAUUCAGUCGAUUCCAUUGACAUUUGAGAAUUCAUUGAGGAUGAUUAAUUGUGAGUCGAUAUUGAUAUUGCGAUUUUAUCUUGUAAGGAAGAAAUAAACUGGCGUCAAAUUUUUUCAUCGAAAAUAUA